UGCGGUUUAGCGCUGUAGUGGCAGCUGGUAGUGUGUCUUUUGGGUCAAAAGCCGAUCAGCGCGUAGCCUCCCCGCUGGGCUGCUGUGCCCCUGGCCAUCUCGCACUGCUCUCAAGGAAAGUCGCUGGGCCCGUUUGCUACGCGCUCCCUGUUUUUGCAUCCCAAAGACGCUUGUCAGCCUUUGUGGUAGGACUUCAUGUCUGUAUUUUUCCCCAUUCACUGCCCUGAUUAUCUGAGAUCAGCUGAAAUGACUGAGGUGAUGAUGAGUGCUACAUCUAUGGAUGAAAUCGGGCUAAGCCCCCGCAAGGAUGGCCUAUCAUAUCAGAUUUUUCCUGACCCCUCAGACUUCGACCGUUACUGUAAGCUGAAGGACCGCCUGCCUUCCAUUGUGGUGGAGCCAACAGAGGGGGACGUGGAGAGCGGGGAGCUGAGAUGGCCACCUGAGGAAUUCCUCGUCCAAGAGGAGGAGGAGGAGGAGGAGGAAGAAAACCAUGAAGAGGCAAAGAAAGAGAACAAAGAGCAAUAAAUGGCAGCUGAAGAAAAUACAAGGGAUUGUAUUGUCUUGAGGGAAGAGCCACACCUGUUCUGAAGGUCUUUUUUUCUUAAGAAAAAAGACAUACAAGUUCAAUUUUGCACCUGCAAGAUCUUAGGUUUUUUUUGUAUUCUCUGUAUUGAGAACUGAAGCCCUCGAUGUGACAGACUCUCCAGACCUUCUGAAGAAGGAAGUCAUGCAGAGAAAAAUGUUUGCUGUUCUCAAGAUCACUAUCUGACUUAUUAUUUUUUUUAUUUUUUGUUAAGACUCAGGCAGCAGAGAAAUUCCAAGACCCUUGGUGGAUGGUGAACAAGCAAAGCUGUUCAAUGAGUUGUGGGGAGGGUGGAAAUAAAGAAAUGUAAGCAGUGCUGAGCAAGGAACUGCCUUUGGCUACAAAAGCAUGAGACUAGAGUCUUCAUCUGUUUCCUUUCUUAUAGGCUUCUGUUUAUGUAUCUGGAAUGGAGGGGAAAUGCGUGGUGAUAUAUCACAAAUGGAUGCUCUGCUGACAUAAUUGCUGGGUGGCAUAGAGAGACAAAGGGGCUUGUAGUCUUUCCCCAGUUGUACAUCUCCUGAAGUUACACAAGCAUGUAGGAGUAAUGGAUUUCUUGCGUUAACUAUCAAACCUGUUUCCAGUCUUUGCCUGGAGGACGUUUUCUUGCCUUCUCUUUGUCUGCUUUUAAACCUUGUAAUGCUGAACAGCUCAGUUGGUAGGGUCAGUGUGUUCUGCUGUUACUCUCCAUCUAUUCUGCAAGGUCCUCAUUUAUCUGGAGGUAACAAAGAAAUUUAAUGUAAUGUCUAAAUCUACCUGAGAUCUUGUUCUAGAAGUGGUUAGGACAUUUCUCUCCUGCUAGCUGAGACUGCUGUAGUAAGAACUCAUUACAGUGCAUAAAGCUUGCAAGGUGAAGGGGCCACCUGCCUUCUAGAUGAUUCUGGGGCUGCAUGAUUUCCAUAUCAAACAUGCUGGGUCAACCGUCUGAUCAAAACUGGCUUAGUAGAGGGGCAUGGGGAGAAUCUGCAGGGAACUGUUAGAUUCGGGUUUUAUCAUUUCUAUAGUUUGUAACUAGAGAAGUGUGGUUGAAAGUGUCUGACCUUGCUUAACAAAGCUCCAAGAAAUGCUGGCAGACCAAGAUGCUUGCAGAAAUCAUCUGCUUAAGAAUGGAUGAAAUUGAAAGUUCCCACAUGCCACGUAGUCAAAGAAUGUUGCCAAAACUGAAAUCAAAGAGGCAGUCUGAAAUCAAAUGGCUGACUUGAAAGCAUAAGCAUGGGGGCAGGGAAAUGAUGCCUCUCUUCAGACAGUAUUUCAUGGGUUUUGAGUCUUCUGGGCAAGAAGAUGUGCUUCUGAUUGUAACACAGUAGUAGGGUUUAAUAAAGGGUAAGAUGGUUUGUAAGGUCUAAGGUAUCCCAUGCAACUUGUUCAGUGCUGAGUGUUGUCUCUGUCCUACCUAACCUUUGUCUACAAGAGGAACUGGUUGCAAGGCAGGUUGACUUGCCACUUUCAUGGAAAGUGGCAAUCCAGCAACUUUAUGGAAAAGCCCCAGGGGGGCCUAAGGCAUCUGAGGAGCUGACAGGUCUAAGAAAAAGUGCUGGUAGUUUCCACCGUAAAACAAGUCUGUAGACACUAAAGGAAGAAAGACACAUGUUAAGGCCUUAACCAGACCUUAUGAUAAAACCCAGUGCAUCUUGUCUGCUAAUAACUGGUUCAGUUAAAAAAAUCUGUUUGGACUUUGUGUGUGUGUGUGUAUAUUUGUAUCUAAUACCUCAUGAGUAGUUUAAACGCUGGUGGGGGUUGGGGGAUUGCUUUUAACAUAUCAGCAGAAUUGUUUUAGUCUUUGUCUUGCUUGUGGUUUAAACAUAAUGGCAAUAACUUAUCAGCUCUGUUACUAUUUCAGACAGACCUGAGGGAUUGGAGACAGACUUUCUUGCAUUGUUCUGGCUAGUAGCAAUGUAGAAUGCAGCUUGUCUCUUCCAUCUUCUUAGCAGCAAAGAACCAGUCUCGCACUCACUCCCAGGUUUGAUGGAUGCUUUGUCGUCACUGACCUCUCAUCAUGAUCUAGUGAUAUCAUUUUUAAACUGAUGGAUCCAGCUGUUUGUAUCUGAGCAUCUGUUCUAGUCUUGCUGUCUAAUGGAAUGAGCUUGUACACCUGUGUACCAGCCAGUCUCAAUGUUUUAAACUGGUACUAGUCUUCAAUCUGUGCCACCAUGUUGAGGCUUGUUAAUAGAGAUUGUGGGUAGCAAAAGGAUGGAAAUCUUUCUCCUCCAGAGUUGAGGAGAAAUGUCUGCCAUAAAGACUGGUAUAUUCUUGUCUGCAUACUCUUUUUUUUAAGGUAUUGUGUAUAUUUCUAUUUGUCAAAUGUAUAAAGAACAAAGCACUCCAGUAAAACUCCUGUUGUCUGAUGUACAUUCUAUUUCUGUAAUUCUUUUUGAGCCUCAGGGAGAAGCUAGCUUUUUUCUCAAACUACUUUUUUGUCACUGUGACAGUUGUAAAUAAAGUUUGAAAAUGCUUUC